ACACACACUCUGUGCAAUGCAAAAACACACUCCAUGCAGUGCACACACACUCCAUGCAAUGCAACUACACACUCCGUGCAAUGCAACUACACACUCCGUGCACUGCACACACAAACCCUCCGUGCAAUGCAACUACACACUCCGUGCAAUGCACACACAAACCCUCCGUGCAAUGCAACUACACACUCCGUUCAAUGCAAAACACACUCCCUGCAAUGCAACUACACUCCAUGCAAUGCAACUACACACUCCGUGCAAUGCAACUACACACUCCGUGCAAUGCACACACACUCCAUGCAAUGCAACUACAAUCCGUGCAAUGCAACUACACACUCCGUGCAAUGCAACUACACACUCCGUUCAAUACAACUACACACUCCGUGCAAU